AGGGAGCGGGCCGGCCAUGGCAGCGGUGCGAGCAGCAGCGGCGGCGGCGGCAGGAGGAGCCCGCCGCAGGAGGCGAGGCGGGCGCGGGCAGCCGUCGUUGCGCGCCUGAUUGGCCCCCGGAGCCGCCGCCGCCGCUGCUCCCGGGCGGCCGGUGGGGACGCGGAGAGGGCCAAGGAGGAGGAUGCAGGGCAAGAAGCCCCGCGGCUCCUCGGGAGAAGGAGGAAGCGGCGGCGGCGGGAGCAACAGCAGCGGGGACGGCGGGGAGCUGCAAGGGGACGAGUCGCAGCGCGCCAAGAAGAGGAAAAAGAAGAGCUCCCCGUGCGUCUCCAACAUCCAGAUCUUCCUGGUCUCCGAGUGCGCGCUCAUGUUGGCGCAGGGCACGGUGGGCGCCUACCUGGUGAGUGUGUUGACCACCUUGGAGCGGAGAUUCAACCUGCAGAGUGCCGACGUGGGUGUGAUUGCCAGCAGCUUUGAGAUUGGGAACUUGGCUCUCAUCCUCUUUGUCAGCUAUUUUGGUGCCCGGGGCCACCGGCCUCGCUUGAUAGGAUGCGGAGGGAUCGUCAUGGCUCUCGGGGCUCUCCUCUCAGCGCUGCCCGAAUUCCUGACCCAUCAGUACGAAUACGAAGCCGGGGAGAUUCGGUGGGGCGCCGAAGGGAGGGAUGUUUGCGUGGUCAAUGGCUCUGCCAGUGAUGAGGGACCAGACCCGGAGCUUAUCUGCAGGAACAGAACUGCCACCAACAUGAUGUAUUUGCUUCUCAUUGGAGCUCAAGUCCUCCUAGGGAUUGGGGCCACCCCUGUACAGCCUUUAGGAGUUUCCUACAUCGACGACCACGUGAGAAGGAAAGACUCUUCCCUGUAUAUAGGGAUCUUGUUUACAAUGCUUGUGUUCGGACCAGCCUGUGGAUUUAUCUUGGGUUCCUUCUGUACCAAAAUCUAUGUGGACGCCGUCUUCAUUGACACAAGUAAGCUGGACAUCACCCCCGAUGACCCCAGGUGGAUUGGCGCAUGGUGGGCGGGCUUCUUGCUCUGCGGUGCCUUACUUUUCUUCUCGUCUCUCCCGAUGUUUGGAUUCCCACAGUCCCUGACCCGCCGGCCAGAGCUCUUGGCAGAGGUCGAGCAGGCCAUGCUGCCAGACAGGGACUACGAGAGGCCAAAGCCCAGCAACGGGGUCCUCCCGCGAAACACCUUGGAAGCCCCAGAUGACGUCUCCUGCUUCCAGCAACUGAGAGUGAUCCCUAAAGUAACCAAGCACUUGCUCUCCAAUCCGGUCUUCACCUGCAUUGUCCUUGCAGCGUGCAUGGAGAUCGCCGUGGUUGCUGGCUUUGCGGCUUUCCUGGGGAAAUACCUGGAGCAGCAAUUCAAUCUCACAACGUCGUCCGCCAACCAGUUAUUGGGUAUGACAGCUAUUCCCUGUGCAUGUCUGGGCAUCUUCCUGGGCGGCCUCCUGGUCAAGAAGCUGAGCCUGUCUGCUCUCGGAGCCAUCCGUAUGGCUAUGCUGGUCAACCUGGUGUCCACGGGCUGCUACGUCUCAUUCCUGUUCCUGGGUUGUGACACAGGACCGGUGGCCGGGGUCACUGUUCCCUAUGGAAACAAAUCAGGACCAUCGUCCAUCCUGGCACCAUAUUCCGCCUGCAAUAACAACUGUAAAUGCCAAACUGAUUCCUUCACUCCGGUCUGUGGGGCAGACGGGAUCACGUACUUAUCUGCCUGUUUUGCUGGAUGCAGUACCAUGAACCUCACGGGUUGCACGUGCCUCGGUCUGGUCCCUGCGGAGAAUGCCACGGUCGUUCCUGGGAAGUGCCCAACCCCAGGAUGCCAAGAAGCCUUUCUGACAUUCCUCUGUGUGAUAUGUGUCUGCAGCAUGAUCGGAGCCAUGGCUCAGACGCCCUCCGUCAUCAUCCUCAUCAGAACAGUGAGCCCAGAGCUGAAGUCUUACGCUUUGGGAGUUCUCUUCCUUCUCCUCCGAUUGUUGGGUUUUAUCCCACCUCCCCUGAUCUUUGGAGCGGGGAUUGAUUCCACCUGCCUGUUCUGGAGCACGUUCUGUGGAGAGCAAGGAGCAUGUGCUCUGUAUGACAACGUUGUCUACAGGUACCUGUACGUGAGCAUCGCAAUAACCCUGAAAUCGUUGGCGUUCAUCCUGUACACCACCACUUGGCAGUGCUUAAGGAAGAACUAUAAGAAAUAUAUCAAAAACCAUGAAGGUGGACUAAGCACUACUGAGUUCUUUGCCUCCACUUUGACCCUGGACAACCUAGGCCGGGACCCCAUUGGCCAGAACCCACCACAUAGGACAAAAUUUAUCUAUAACCUUGAAGACCACGAGUGGUGUGAGAACAUGGAGUCUGUUUUAUAGUGAUUAUGAGGGUGGAUUGCUAACCCAAAGUUCCUUUUUAAAGUUUAAAAAAAAAAGAUAGAUAAGAUAUAUGGGAAGAAAUGUAAUAUAAUAUACAAGGAUCUUUUGCAAAAUGGCAGCCGCCACUAUAUCUCAAAAUCUACUGUGAUGUUCCAGAACACUCUCAUACAUAGUUAGACGGACAGAGGAGGAAACUCUGUCCUUUUCUGAGAAGCAGGGCUAGACAAGGUUCAAGAGAACAGAGACAUUCUUAAAAUUUGGCAUCAGAAAUGGAGGUGUGGAGCUGUACCAAACAUGUUGGCUGGUGGUGACAUUAUGGAUGGGCAAAGCUCGCAACAUUUUGGGAUCCAGAGUUUCAGUAGAGAGCUGUCUGCCCUUUGGCAUAAAGACAAAGAGAAAGUAAGAAGGAAAGAACGGAAGAAAGAAAAGCCUUUUUUCCAGAAUAAGCGCCAUUUGAAUCUCAAGUACCGCUGGGGGUAACCUUUGCAAUAAGAGCUAAAAGGAUGCAAACUUGGCUGCUGUUUAGUCCCAGCAUUCUCCUCUUACCGUCUCUGUCUUUGUCAUCAAAGAGGGAGCCACAUCGGAGUUCCUCAGCUGAUCCAA